AUGAGACGCAAUAAAACGCAGAUGAUUUCUCUUUCUUUCUCUCUCUCUCUCUCUCAUUCUCUCACGCUCUUACUACCUCACUUUUUAUCUCUCUUACUCUCUCUCAUUAUUUCUCUCUCUCUCUUUCUCUCUCUCUCUCUCUCUUUCGCAUUCUCUAUAGUUUUCCGCUUCUCUUUCUACUACGCUAUUAAGAAAUAUUACAUCUAUCUAUCUAUCUAUCUAUCUAUCUAUCUAUCUAUCUAUCUAUCUAUCUAUCUCAGUCUGUUCAUAUUUAAUCUAUCUAUCUAUCUAUCUAUCUAUCUAUCUAUCUAUCUAUCUAUCUCAGUCUGUUCAUAUCUAUCUAUCUAUCUAUCUAUCUAUCUAUCUAUCUAUCUAUCAUCUAUCUCAGUCUGUUCAUAUUUAAUCUAUCUAUCUAUCAUCUCUGUUCUAUCUAUCUAUCUAUCUAUCUCACUGGGUAUCUUUAUUUCGUAUAUUAUCUAUCUAUCUAUCUAUCUAUCUAUCUAUCAUAAAUUAUUAUCUUUCUUUGCGUUUCCGCAUAUUACCUCUUCCAUCUUGCUUUUUUUCUUUUCUUUUUUUAUUCACACUGUUUCGAUUUCAUUCCAUUCCUUCAUUCCGUCUAUCAUAAAUUCUUCUUUCUUCCUUCUGUCUUCCCUUUUUUUCUUUCUUUUUUUCUUUGUGCGUUUUCUUCUAUUCUUUCUCUAUUCCUUUCUUCCUUCGCAGACUUUCCCUCAUUAUUUCCGCUUCUUUUUUCUUUCGUUUUCCACAUUAGUCUCACUACUUUUUUUUUCAUUCUUUCUAUUUUCCUAUCUGCAUUUUUCUUUCCUUCUUUCUUUCCCUAAUUCUUUGUCCACUUAUUCUCUAUGCUGUCAUUGUAGUUUCCUUGAUGCCGUUGUUCUCUUCUUUCUUUCUUUCUUUCUUUCUUUCUAUUUCGCUUUUGUUCCUUCCUUUCUCCUGCUUUGUUUUUACUUUUCUAUCUUUCUUCCUUUCCCCGUUUCUUUCUUUCUUUCUUUCUUUCUUUUUUUCUAUUUCACUUUUGUUCCUUCCUUUCUCCUGCUUUGUUUUUACUUUUCUAUCUUUCUUCCUUUCCCCGUUUCUUUCUUUCUUUCUUUCUUUCUUUCUUUCUUUCUAUUUCACUUUUGUUCCUUCCUUUCUCCUGCUUUGUUUUUACUUUUCUAUCUUUCUUCCUUUCCACGUUUCUUUCUUUCUUUCUUUCUUUCUUUCUUUCUUUCUUUCUUUCUAUUUCGCUUUUGUUCCUUCCUUUCUCUUGCUUUGUUUUUACUUUUCUAUCUUUCUUCCUUUCCCCGUUUCUUUCUUUCUUUCUUUCUUUCUUUCUUUCUUUCUUUCUUUCUUUGUUUCUUCUAUUCUUUUUCCUUCCCUUAUUCUUUUUCCCCUCUUCUAGUUUAUUUCUCUUUUUCUUCAUUCCUUUUCCUUCCUUUUUUUCUCCGUUUUUUCUGUUCUCACUUCUUUCUUUCUUUUCUUUCUUUCUUUCUUUCUUUCUUUCUUUCUUUCUUUCUUGUUUAUAUUUCUUUUAGAUUUUCUUCUUUUCCUUUUCACAUUUUUCUUCGUUCCUUUCUUUUUUCUUCUUCUUUCUUUUUGGUCACAUUUUGUUUUUCAUUUCUACUGCUUCCAUUAUUUCAAUCUCUUUUCUCUUUCUUUUCCCUUUCGCUUUAUGUGCUUCUUUUUCUUUCUGUCGAUCUCUUUCUUUACACUUACUUCUUCAUUUUUCUUCAUUCUUUCCUUCAUUCUCUUCUCCAUUGUUUCUUCACUCAUUCCUUCAUUUUUUCUUCAUUCUUUUCUUCAUUCAGUUUUUCAUUCUUUUCUUCAUGCUUUUAUACCUGCAUAUUCUCCUUCAUUUUUCUUCUGUUUUUCUUUUUUUCCAUUCUGCUCUUUUUUUCUCUUUUUUCUUCUCCCUUUCUUUCAUUAUUUAAUCUUUCUUAUAUUUCAAAGGCGUCCGCAAUAGGGAUACGAGUGACCAGUUAUUACCAUUACCCUUUCUUUCUUUCUUUCUUUCUUUUCCUUUUUUCUUUCUUUCUUUUUGUUCCCUCUCUUUUAUUCGUUCAGUUUUCUUCUUUGAAUUCUUUUUUUAUCGUUUAUUCUUCUAUCCUUCUUCUUUUAUUUAUUUUUCCUUUAGUUGUUCUAUUUUUCCUACAAUCUUUUUCUUUCUUCCAUCGUUUCUCUUUUAUUCCAUAUUUUCUUCGUUUUUUAAUAUUUUUGUUUACAAUUUUUCAUCGUUAUUUGUUUUGUAUUUUUGGCUACUGUAUCCGUUCAUCUUUUCUUUCAUUUUUUUUUCCAUCUGGCUGUUUUCUUUUUCCCUUCCUCUUUCAUGUUUUAAUUCUGUUUCAUUUGUUUUUCUUUUCUUUCUUUCUUUCUUUCUUUCUUUCUUUCUUUCUUUAUCCCCUUGCUUCUUCUUCAUUUAAUUUUCAUCUUUCAUUUACUUUCUUUCUUUCUUUCUUUCUUUCUAUCGUUCUUCUCUUCUUGCUUCUUCUUCAUUUAAUUUUCAUUCUUUCAUUCACUUUCUUCUUUCUUUCUUUCUUUCUUUUUUAUCUCCUUGAUUAUUCUUCAUUUAAUUUUCAAUCUUUCAUCCACUUUCUUUCUUUCUUUCUUUCUUUCUUUUUUCUUCGUUCCUUGCUUCCUUCCUCCCUUCCUUCCUUUUCUCUUUCUAGGAUUCUUUCUUUCUUUCUUUCUUCGUUCCUUGCUUCUUCCUCCCUUCCUUUUCUCUUUCUAGGAUUUUUUCUUUCUUUCUUUUUAAUGAUACUGUAUUUCUUUCCGUCUUUCUUUCUUUCUUUCUUUCUUUCUUUCUUUCUUUCUUUCUUUCUUUCUUUCUUUCUUCGUUCCUUGCUUCCCUCCUUCCUUUUCUCUUUCUAUCUUUCUUUCGUUCGUUCGUUCGUUCUUUCUUUCUUUCUUUCUUUCUUUCUUUCUUUCUUUCUUUCUUUCUGUUAUCUGCGCUCUUCCUACUUCCAUCUUUAUCUCGUCACCUCUUUUCGUAUAAUUGACCGACCGAUCUCUUUGUUUAUCUUCUUUCAUUCUUUCUUUCUCUCUUUCUUUCUUUCUUUCUUUUUCUUUCUUUCUUUCUUUCUUUCUUUCUUUCUUUCUUUCUUUCUUCGUGAAAUAUAUUUUCUUAUUCGGUUAUUUCCUCUUCUUUUGUAUCUAUUUCUCGUACACUUUCUUUUUUCUUCUUUUUUCUUCUUUCAAAUUUAUUUUCUUCUUUUUUCCUUUUCUUUUCAUCUUUCUUUCUCUCUUUCUUUCUUUCUUUCUUUUUUUCUUCUCCGUGAAAUAUAUUUUCUUAUUCGGUUAUUUCCUCUUCUUUUGUAUCUAUUUCUCGUACACUUUCUUUUUUCUUCUUUUUUCUUCUUUCAAAUUUAUUUUCUUCUUCUUUUUCCUUUUCUUUUUCAUCUUUCUUUCUCUCUUUCUUUCUUUCUUUCUUUUUUUCUUCUCCGUGAAAUAUAUUUUCUUAUUCGGUUAUUUCCUCUUCUUUUGUAUCUAUUUCUCGUACACUUUCUUUUUUCUUCUUUCAAAUUUAUUUUCUUCUUCUUUUUCCUUUUCUUUUUCAUCUUUCUUUCUCUCUUUCUUUCUUUCUUUCUUUUUUUCUUCUCCGUGAAAUAUAUUUUCUUAUUCGGUUAUUUCCUCUUCUUUUGUAUGUAUUUCUCGUACACUUUCUUUUUUCUUCUUUUUUCUUCUUUCAAAUUUAUUUUCUUCUUCUUUUUCCUCUUCUUUUUCAUCUUUCUUUCUCUCUUUCUUUCUUUCUUUUUUUCUUCUCCGUGA